AUGAUUUGCUGUUGUGUUAAGUCGGAUACCAACAAGAAGUAUGCGGAGCUUGACGGAAAACUUGCACGGAAGAUGGUGGAGAGCCGGAGGAUUUAUCCGGGACACAAGAAUAAUGAUAAAAACGGGACAAUCGAUAUCGAGGAGUUGAAGAAAUGCUUAGAGGAACUACAGCUGAGUUUAUCAGAUGAAGAAGUGAAAGGCUUAUAUGGGAUAUGGUGUGAUGUUGAUGGAAGCAAAGGGAUACAGUUCAAUGAGUUUAUGUUCAAGCUAAUUGAAGUGUUCUUGUUUUUGGACAAAGAAGGUAAAGGGAAAGUGAACAAGGCUGAUGUGAUAAAGACACUGAACAACGAAGACUAUCCUUUAGAGAGAUCUCUUUCACAUGUCACCAACAUGAGAUUUGAAUUCGAUUUACUCAUUGGUGAUUCUAUCUGCUUUCAUGAGUUGCAGAAGAAAUGGAUUGGGGAAGAAAAGGAAAAGUGGGUUUUAGAGAGUGCUUUCAUGAGUUGGGUUGGUCUUGAUGAUGCAGACGAUUACUAUAUGAGCAGCUAA